UAAAAGUAAUAAUACGUUAUAAUAUUUAUUAUUUGUUUCUGAGUUGUUAAGUUGUUAAGACCGCUUUUUCAAGUGAAAUUGUUGAAAUUGUGCCGACAUAAGUGUAUCAUAAACGGGGCGAGACAAGAAUUUUCAGCGUUGAAACUUUAGAAGUUUUUCUAAUUAUAACUGAAAAUUGACUUAUAUUGUGAAAUAAAUGAAUUUUGGAAAAAUGCUUAACAAGCAUUUAUUUAAGCUAACGAUUACGUUAAUUAACGCAUUAAUAAUUCCACAAGUUUUGUCAUUUAAUGUCCCAGAAUAUACAGUAACUGAUCAAUGGGAUGCCAUAGAACUGCCAAAAUCUAUAUACAACAAUAUUUAUGACAAGAAGAUAAAUGAAAACUUACCAACGGAGCAAAAUGCUGUUACUUACCUAAGCAGUAAGAACAGUAAUCACAAUAACGACGACAAUAACAUAAUAGUGAAUCGCCGCAUAGGUGAUGGUGGUAGUAGUAGUAGUAGUAGUAGUAGUAGUAGCAGUCGUCAACUAAACUUACGACAUCAUACAUCGUAUGAUAAAUACGAUGACGUAGUUUUUGUCUAUAAUAAACAAGACAGCAAUGGCAACAACGACAAAAGCUACAAGACCAAGCACAAUUAUUUGGUGGCUCAACAACAACAACAAUAUAAUGAUUACAAAGCAAUAUACAAUUCGGCAAAAAAUGCAACCACUGAAAUGAGCAGCAGAAGUGAUUUGCACGCUAAACGGCAGCGUAGAGAAUUAGCUGAUUGGUUGAUCGCUCCGAAUACACGUUGGUGUGGUCGCGGUAACAAUGCGAACAAUACCUAUAAUUACCUUGGUGGUGCUUCAUCGACUGAUAAAUGUUGCCGUAAGCAUGACCACUGCAAAGUUUACAUAAAUGCAAUGAGCAAUCGCUAUGAUUUAUUUAAUUAUCGUCCCUACACGUUGUCGCAUUGCAGUUGUGAUAGGCGUUUUCGCACCUGCCUAAAAAUGGCCAACGAUCACGAUGCCAAAACAAUUGGCAAACUAUUCUUCAAUAUAGCGCAAAUGCAAUGCAUUGUUUUACGCAAAGAACGCAUUUGCCUGCAGAGGGCAGCCGAUAAUAGUUGUUUGAAAGAGCAUAUUAAACAAAAAGCUUAUCUUAGAAAUAAUAAAAAGUAUUGAAACAAUACAGCAGACGAACCGAGCAGAAAAAUAUUAUAGCGAGAGAGUAUUUAAACUUUUCACAUUAAUUGCAAGCAAUGUCAAAGUUAGCCAUAAGCACAUGUGCGCAUAAACAAUCCAUCCACUCCCCCUUCCCCAAAACACUACUUCAUAUAAAAAAGACUGCUGUACAUUCAUACUUGUAUGUAGCCACACUUAUAAUCGAUUGAAAAGAUUUUCUCAAGUCGAUUAUGCACUGACCAACAACAACUAAACUGAAGCCAAACAUUUAGAAUUACUUAAACAUUAAGAAUUAAAUAAAUUUAAAAUUUUAAAAAAGUUGAACAAAACUUGAGAAUCAAAAUAGUAUAAGUACAUUUUUUGAAAAAAAAAAAAAGUUAUUUUAUUUAUAAAAAAAAAAAUUUAUUAACAAUAUUUUCAUGGUAGUCGACAAACAACGAAUUUAAAUUAGUGCAUUAAAGUAUUUUAAUUAAUUUUAAAUAAUUAAGAAACAUAUAAUAGUUGUUAUGACAAAGCAUGUCUCUAUAAAUAUUUAUUGAAAUCAAAACUUUGAACACAACAUACACAACGAAGUCAUGAUGGUGAGCUCGUUUUCAUUUCGAAGAACGCGUGUAAUUGUUUUUACAAAUAGGAUACAAACGUAAUUUUAUUUGUAUUUAUAUAGAAUUAAAAAUAAUGAAUUGAAUAUUUAGAAAUGUUAUUGACUUGUAAUUAAGCAAAGAUGUUCG